AUGGCCGAUGACUGGUGGCUGUCAAAGCCACGAGUGCUGGAACCGAUGCCCCUGGGCAUGCACUGCAAGCCCUGGUACAAAGACCGUCUACCUUCCAAGUGCUUCGCAAAGCACAAGAACAAGCUUCUGAGAUUCCCCACCUCCCUGAACAGCCGGCAGUGGAUAUUUGUGAAAGAAGGGCUGGACGACUUCAGAACAGGCUGUCCACCUUGUGAAGGUCUUAUCACUCGCGGCCCUAAGGAGGCCUUUCUCCCCAUGAUUUCUCACAGAGUUCCCCAACCCGCCCCCAAAACGAGUCGGAGAAAGCUGACCAAGGAAGCAGGCCUGUUUUCCACGCUCUCACCAGCCCAGCUGGCACGGAAGGCAUUCGUAGAGAAUGUUGAAGCCCGCCUGACCGAGCAUCCCCUAGCUCUGUACCCGAAUCUGGAAGAAGAUAUCCCUGCAGAUCUCUUGUUGAAGGUGCUGCAAGUGCUGGAUCCUGACAGGAAGUUGGAGGACACGUGGGCUUUCUGUGAGGGCCACAGGAAAAGAACCAAGGAACCCACAAAGCUUUGUCAACACCGAUCUCGGAAAGUCUUCCUGAACCCUCCCAAGAUUCCCGGGUCACAUCGAAACAAUUCGAUUCAUGAAGAGACGCCAAGCGCACAGGAUUUGCUCCCUGAAUCUCUUAAACAUAAACACAUACCAAGAGGAGUUCGUAGCUUCUGCAAAUGGGUUGCUACUUUUGGAGACUCGGGCAUUGACGAAGAGUUCAUCAUGAAACAAUUUGAAGUUGACUAUGCUGAAUGCAAACCAACCCACAAAGACCUCCACAUAAAGAAAGUUAGUCAGCUUCCUUCAGAGCUAAAUUACGUUCUGGGGCUAAAGAAAAAGGAAAAGAUAAAAUUCUCCAUACAGGAACCAGACAUCAGGUGGAAACUCCACAAACCACAGAAUCUUUAUCAACCAAACUGGGUGAAGAUGCGGUAUGGAGCAUGGUACCUGAAGCCUAAGUUGUGGAAAAAACUAAUAAAUGAUGAACCUUUGAUUGACCCCAAGGUCUUACUUGAAACUCAAGGUGAGUGUUUUGGAAAGGCACCUGAAAAGGACAUUCUUGAAGAACUUUAUGGAACAAUUGCCUUUAAGGAUUUCAUUCUAAGCAAGGGCUACAGGAUGCCCGAAUUCCUUGAGAAGCUGUUUAUCAGGAAGGGAUGGACAUACGACUCUGUUAAGACUCCUAUAGACCGAGUAAUAAAAAUGUACUUAAUCGUAGAAGACGACGCAGAGGAACAUUAUUAG